AUGUCUUGCUUCGGUGGCCGCGACGAGCAGAUCUACAUGGUCGAGAUGCUUAUUCACAAGUUGACGCUGACCAAGAGCAAGAUCAAAGACAUCGGCGAUUUCCCGAUCGCGAUUAAAAUAAAAUUUCUCGACUUCCCCGUGUUCAAGAUCACGCGCGAGGAUUUCUACUCGUUGAAACCGCCGCCGCCCACCGAGGAAGGCACUUUUCACUUCAUGAUCGGUAGAAGUUGCCUGUUCAUAAAGCAACCGAAAGAUCUGGUGAAAGAGUUACAGUCAACGAUGAUAAAGGUCGGAGUGUUCCGCGUCGGCGACACGUAUCCCAUCGCCGAGACCGAGAUCACACUGCCCGGUUGCCUUUGCGAUCAGGUAGCGAUGGCUCAGAACGAUCCUGAGAAUUUGCCGAAACCGUUCAUGGUGAAGGGCAGUUUCAACCUGAUUGACCCUGGUGAAAAUCCUUCGGGAACGUUAGAAAUGGAAAUGCGUCUGCUCUGCUUCGGGAGAUCGAUCAUGACUCAUUACGAGAUGCACCCAAAGUUUUUCGCAUUCAGGAACAAUGGUCAGGAGAGAGAAUACUGUGUGAGACGGUUGAUACCACCAGCGUAUCGUCCGGGUGAGCCGGACAUAGAUAUCUCCGCAUAUCCGGACAGAACGACGCUGGACGAGCUGAAAGGAAAAUUGAAGGAGGAGAAAAAAGGUAGAAGAGGUAAGAAGGGAAAGAAGGGUAAGGGUGAUAAGAAAGGCGGUAAAAAAGGUGGUAAGAAAAAGUGA